AUGAAAAAGAACAAAGUACUAGUAGCACGUCUGAGAGAAGCUCUCAUUGACGAAGGUAAGAACCCAGACGAAUUCAAGUUUGAUGGUGCUGACGAAGACAAUGAAAUUAGCACAGGCACGUUUACAACCGCUAAAAUGAUGGAACUUCUACUUAGUAUGUCAACUGAAAUGAAACAGAUCAAAGAACAGUCCGAACGACAGCUCGAACGACAGACAGAAGAGUUAAAACAACAGACAGAGAAGUUAAAACAGAUCAAAGAACAGUCCGAACGACAGUCCGAACGACAGACAGAGGAGUUGAAACAGAUCAAAGAACAGUCCGAACGACAGUCCGAACGACAGACAGAAGAGUUAAAACAACAGAUCAAGGAACAGUCCGAACGACAGACAGAGGAGUUAAAACAGAUCAAGGACCAGCUAAAACACGUAAAAUUGGAAGUGGCAGAACAGAUUGAAGAACAGUCAAUAAGAAUAGAAAUGAUCGAGCAGAAACUUGAUCCAUUUGACGGAGAGAUGUCUUGGAACGUUUAUAAAAACCAGUUCGAAGCAGCGGCAACUAGUAACUGUUGGAACGGAAAAGAACGAUCAACAGCACUGAUACUGGCCCUGCGAGGUUCAGCAGCAGAGGUUCUUCAGACGAUUCCGGCGGAGAACCACUUCAACUAUGAAGUUCUGGUUAGCGCGUUGGAUUUACGUUAUGGUGAAGAACACAUGAAGCAGAUUUAUCGGUCUCAACUUAGAAACAGAACGCAACGAUCUGGUGAAUCCAUUCAGCAGCUGGCACAAGAUAUCGAACGGUUGACAUUGCUGUCGUAUCCAACAUCAGACCCCGAGCACAGAGACGAAACUGCCCUGGAUACGUUUAUCAAAGCCCUUCGUGAUUCGGAACUCAAGCAAUCCCUUCUCUUGUCAGAUAAACGAAAACUCAAGGAUGCCGUUGCGCACAGUCUCACUUUUGAAUCGGCAAAGCAAGCAUCAAAAAGUGACGUACGUCUACGCCAAGUACAUGAAGAAUGCUCUUGCCAGAAGGUGAUUGUGAAACGCGAACCCCAACAGCAUGGUGUACCCCAAUGCUGGAUUUGUGGCGAAAAAGGCCAUCUACGUCGUGAUUGUAAACACCGCCUAAAAGAUAACUACUGCCGAAAUUGCGCGACAAGAUGGCGCAAAAGAAGAGAAGAUGAUCCCAGUAUGCUGGAAUCGGACCAUCGGGAAGAAUCUAGAAACGACGCUUGCGAAGAGUAUAUAAGCGCACGUCGCAAGAUAUUUGUGAUUAGUGAUAUUCGUGAUUAG